AUGUAUCCAACAUCAAGAACGGAAAUCUUCCACCUACCACCAAGAUCGGCAUUACCACUCAUGGUGGCUUCCAAGCCAAGCCCCGCAGCGAAGACGCGGCGUCCUUUGGAAAACUUUCUCGCCCAUGCAGUGUCACUAUCAUGCAGAGCUACCCCGGGAGCCGUGGACGCUCGACAAGCGGUCCCCAAACCGUACUACGAAUACUGUGUCUCUAUCUUCCCACAGGACCAGCGGCACCAUAUCUGCUACCUUCCCUGGCAGGACACGAGUAUCCUGAUCAGCGGCCCCCCGGACACGGUCCCAUUCCGCCACGAGCAACCAUUGUACGAAUCUGCCACGCCAUUCGACCUCGCUGUCCUUGGGCCCACUACGUGUGCCCCGUUGGGGUAUGUCGUACAUGCGCGGUCAGGAGAUAAGGGCUCUGAUGCUAAUGUCCGCUCGUUGCUAGGUGAGGAUGAUAUGGGUAAUCGAAUAUCUCGGUUCGAGUUGCCGAAUUUGUCGGAUGACCUAGACCGAGGAGUAACGUCUAGUUUCACUUAUGAUGUGCUGGGCAAGAAUGUAGCUGAACAUCUCCACUGCAAAUAUGUGUAUAUCGCAAACCGAUUUCUGGGACGCGGUCGAAUUUAG